UUACUCUUUCUCUCUCUCUCUGUCACUUCUUUUCUCUUUCGUCGCUCGUCUUCUCUUCUUCUUCUUCUUCUCCUUCUCCUUCUUCCUGUUUCAGCGACUCCAAUUAGGGUUUCCACAGUAAGUCACAAAGCGCAGAAACAACUACCACGGCCAUGGGGUCCAUCCCCGAUCCCGGCGAGCUGAGCGAGGUUGCUCCUCCGCCGAGCUUCGACGAGUUCCAGCGUCAGACCUCACUUAUGACCAGCUGCACACUCCUCUGGAAGGAGCUCUCCGACCACUUCUCCUCACUUGAGAAGGACCUAGUCAGCAAAUCAGAAGCACUCAAGCUCAAGAUUCGCACCUUCGACAACCACACCGCUCAGUCCCUAAAACUCCUUGACCACCGCGAGUCCUCCAUCGAGGGAAGCGUCCAGAUCGCCCUCCGCAAACUCGACAACAACCGGACCGCUGCGCUCUCCGCUCUUACCGACUCUGACUGCGGCGACUCCGCCGCCGGCGAUGGUGAGGUGGACAAUGGCGAGGGCCUAGUGCUGAAACUGAAGUCAUUCUGCCUGAGAAUGGAUGCGGUAGGGUUUUGGAUGUUCGUGAUCGGGAAGAAGAAGGAACUGGAGGCGCUGAGGUCGGAGAUGCCGGUGGCGCUGUCGGAGUGUGUGGAUCCGGCGAAGUUCGUGCUGGAGGCGAUAUCGGAAGUGUUUCCUGUGGACAAGAGAGGAGGGGAGAAGGUAGGUAGCGGGGACCUAGGUUGGGCGUGCGUGCUGGUGCUGGAGUCGCUGAUCCCGGUGGUGGUGGACCCAGUGAUAGGGAAGUCGAGGCUGAUGGUGACGCCGGCAGUGAAGGAGAGGGCGAAGGAGAUCGCUGAGACUUGGAAGGCGAGCCUUGAAGAGAGGGGAGGGAUCGAGAACGUGAAGACCCCUGACGUGCACACGUUCUUGCAGCACCUUGUCACCUUUGGGAUUGUCAAGAAGGAUGACUUAGAUUUGUACAGGAAGCUUGUCAUUGGCUCCGCCUGGAGGAAACAGAUGCCUAAGCUCGCUCUUUCCCUCGGUCUUGCUGAUGAAAUGCCUGAUAUGAUUGAAGAGUUAAUCAGCAAAGGCCAGCAGCUUGAUGCAGUGCACUUUACAUAUGAAGUAGGUCUUGUGGACAAGUUCCCUCCUGUUCCGCUACUCAAAUCUUAUUUGAAGGAUGCAAAGAAAGUUGCAUCAUCUAUAUUGGAAGAUCCUAAUAAUGCAGGCCGAGCUGCGACCCUAGCUGCAAGAAAAGAGCAAUCUGCCCUCAGGGCUGUGAUUAAAUGCAUUGAAGAGUACAAACUUGAGGAUGAGUUCCCUCCCGAAAAUCUGAAGAAGCGACUUGAUCAGUUGGAGAAGGUCAAGACGGACAAGAGGAAACCAGUUGUUGUCCCUGCCAACAAAAGAACAAGAGCAAGCAACAGCAAUGGAGGCCCAAUGCCUCCUGCCAAGGCUGGCCGUUUGACCAACGCAUAUGUGUCAUCUUUCCCUGCUGCUCCGGCAUUUGUUAGGUCUCCAUCACACGGGCAAUACCCAGCUGCUCUUCCAGCAUAUCCUUCCCCACCACACAUGUACGGAAGCAGAAGCCCCCCCUAUGCUGCUUACUCACCGGAGCCAGCACCAGCUAUGGCAGGUUCAUACCCAGCUGCAUCAAUGAACUACCCUGCAUAUGGUGGCUAUGGAAAUGUUAUGGCACCAACUUAUCAGCAGGCUUACUACCGAUAGACAUGACAUCCCCAAAGAUGGUAACCACUGAUAUGACGACCUUGAUCCCAUUUACUUUCUCAAUGUUGUUUGUAAUCACUAACCGUUUUAACGGUAGAAGUUCUGUGUGUUAAUUAUAACUACUGUCCCACUUCCUGCUCUGCAUGGCGAGAAGUUGUAUUUCUAAUGUUGAUCCCGUAGUACUAGGCGAUUGUGGAAGGUAACUAGGACGGCCAAGAAACAUCAGAAAACUCAUCUACCAAUGUUCGGUUUAGUUGUAGAAAGACUUACUGUUACUAUGUUUACAAUUAUAUAUUUUUAUCCUGUGAUCGAACUUGAAGGGAAAAGGAGAAAAAAAAAAAUGAAAAGGAGGAGAGUAGAACGUUCAAUAUGUUUCUUGGCAGCUGUUGACUAAGGUAUAAAGAUCUGUGAAGGAGAUAAAUGAUGAAAUCUAGUCCGAGUUUGUUUUUUAA